AUGUGUGACACUGGCUCCGUGACCAAGAAGGAUGCAGGGGCUUGUGGCCUUGGCUGGGUCCCAGAUGACUUUGAGAGGCCGGUGAAACCUACAAGCUUCCUCCUAGGAACUGGCAUAAACUCCAAAGUUUGCCUCCCUCCUCCAGCCCAGAGCGUCCACGAGGGGCCCCUUCACCAAGCACCUGCUGAUUCUGGGCACCUUCCCCAGGAGCAGCCUGUGAAGGGCGAGGGCUGGGCAGGGUGGACAUCUCAGGGUCGCAGGGCGGCCCGGAGGGCCACCGCAGUGCCGCGCCGGGCUGGGGCCGCGGGCGUCCGGGCCCCGGGAGGGCGGAGCCGGCGGCAGCAGGAAAAGUUACGGCUUCCCGAGAAAGUUGACGGCGACAGCUGGACCGGGGGCGGCAGGGCGGGUGAUGAGAAGAGGCAGCAACUCCCCCCUAUCCGCAGCCUGAGUGCCCCUGCGGGACUCAGCUGGGGGCAAGAGGGACAGUGGGGCUGGAACGUCGCCUCCGCCUCCGUGGAAGCCCUCGUGGGACCCCUCCCCCCACCUUGUAAGCACCUUCUGCCCUGGAAGAUGUGGCUGGAAACAGAAUCCAGCAGAAAGGCCAGCUGGCAGGGACUGAGGAAUGCUGCUGGCGCAGGCCUGGCCAACCGUAAGGAUGACAGUGCCGGAGGGCCACAGGGCAGCCCAAAGCCCACAGCCCAGCGGGCCGACCAACGGAAACGAGCCAUGCGGAGGCCCGCUAAGGUGGCCAGCGAGGGCGUGCGGUGCAAUGGGCACCCUGGCAGUGGAUGGAAGGUGGAGGGCCGUCAAGGGGACCCUGGGAGCAGGCCCACCAAAUAUGCGCUCUGGUACUUGUGUGCCCUCCUGUGGGAGGCUGACACUAUAGGCCUCACAGGCAGCUUUGUGCAGGGAGCAGAUCCAGGGUCCCAGGGAAGGAGCCGGUUGCUGGCAUGGGUGCUGUGGUUGCAGGCCUGGCGGGUGGCAGCGCCAUGCCCGGGUGCCUGCGUAUGCUACAAUGAGCCCAAAGUGACAACAAGCUGCCCCCAGCAGGGCCUGCAGGCCGUGCCUACUGGCAUCCCCGCCGCCAGCCAGCGCAUCUUCUUGCAUGGCAACCACAUCUCACAUGUGCCAGCUGCCGGCUUCCACGCCUGCCGCAACCUCACCAUCCUGUGGCUGCACUCGAAUGCACUGGCCCGGAUCGACGCCGCUGCCUUUGCUGGCCUGGCCCUCCUGGAGCAGCUGGACCUCAGUGACAAUGCACAGCUGCGCACCGUGGACCCCACCACAUUCCAUGGCCUGAGUCGCCUGCACACACUACACCUGGACCGCUGCGGCCUACAAGAACUGGGUCCGGGCCUGUUCCGUGGCCUGGCUGCCCUGCAGUACCUCUACCUACAGGACAACUGGCUGCAGGCACUGCCCGACGACGCCUUCCGUGACCUGGGCAACCUUACCCACCUCUUCCUGCACGGCAACCGCAUCCCCAGCGUGCCCGAGCGUGCUUUCCGUGGCCUGCACAGCCUCGACCGCCUCCUGCUGCACCAGAACCGCGUGGCCCGCGUGCACCCACACGCCUUCCGUGACCUUGGCCGCCUCAUGACACUCUACUUGUUUGCCAACAACCUCUCAGCGCUGCCAGCAGAGGCCCUGGUGCCCCUGCGUGCCCUGCAGUACCUGCGGCUCAAUGACAACCCCUGGGUGUGCGACUGCCGGGCACGCCCGCUCUGGGCCUGGCUGCAGAAUUUCCGCGGCUCCUCGUCUGAGCUGCUCUGCAGCCUGCCCCUGCGCCUGGCUGGCCGCGACCUCAAGCGUCUGGCCGCCAAUGACCUGGAGGGCUGUGCUGUGGCCACUCGGCCCUCCCGUCCCAUCCGGACCGGCGGGCUCACCGAUGAAGAGCUGCUAGGACUGCCCAAGUGCUGCCAGCCCGACGCCGCAGACAAGACCAAUGUGCUGGAGGCCGGGAGUCCGGCUUCAGCUGGCAACGCGCUCAAGGGGCGUGUGCCGCCUGGUGACAGCCCACCAGGCAAUGGCUCAAGCCCGCGGCACAUCAACGACUCCCCCUUUGGGAUCCUGCCCAACUCGGCUGAGCCCCCGCUGACCGCACUGCGGCCUGAGGGCUCCGAGCCACCAGGGCUUCCCACCACGGGCCCUCGGCGGAGGCCAGGCUGCUCCCGCAAGAACCGCACCCGCAGCCAGUGCCGGCUGGGCCAGGCGGGCAGUGGGGGUGGCGCAGCUGGUGAGGUGGAAGGCUCGGGUGCCCUGCCCACCCUCACCUACAGCCUCGCCCCCCUGGGCUUCGCACUGGUGCUGUGGACAGUGCUCGGGCCCUGCUGAGCAGACACCAGACACAGGCGCUUUCUCAGCAGCCAGGUGUGUGUACAUAUGGGGGCUCCCUCCACGCCACCAGCCAGCGCCGGGUGGCAGGCCCCGAGGGGCAGGCCAGGCCUUCCCUGACGGACGCCUCCCCACCUGCCCACCCCCAUCUCCACCCCAUCAUGUUUACAGGGUUCCGAGGCAGCGUUUGUUCCAGAACGCCGCCUCCCACCCGGAUCGCGGUAUAUAGAGAUAUGCAUUUUAUUUUACUUGUGUAAAAAUAUCGGAUGACGUGGAAUAAAGAGCUCUUUUCUUAA